AUGAUCCGAGCUCGAGUUCCAGAGGACAGACGAACUCUGGUAGCUACAGGAUCUUCAGACAAAACCCUCCGUGUUUGGAACCCCGAGAAGCCAAAUGUACGGUUCUCGACCGAUUUGAAGGGCCAUUCGGCCCCCAUUGAAAAGGUUGCCUUCAAUCCGGUAAAAGAUGCCGAGCUGUGCAGUGUCAGCAAUGACGGAGUCGUCAAGUUUUGGGAUGUUCGAUCCAAGAUGUGUAUCAAUGAGAUCAAGGGUCUGGGAGACGCCUUCACUCUCGUCUGGGCACCCGACGGUCAAUCGUUAGUUGUUGGAAAUAAGACGGACAAUAUCUUUGUAUUGUCGCCGACCCAGUCGACACCUGUGUCAUCGCAUCAACAGCCGACUCAGACGAAUCAGAUUGCCUUUUGUUGGAGCGGCAAGAAAAUAUUUCUCACGACUGGUGAGGGCAGAACCAGGAUCUUAUCGUAUCCGGAUUUCAAACCUACCUUCCAGUUCGGUGAUGGGGAUGAGGCCAGAGAGUUCGCUCUCAAUGGUCAUACGUCGUCCUGCCUUUCAGCCGAGUUGCAACCAACAGGACGCUACCUCGCUACUGGUGGUUCUGACUCCAUCAUUUCUUUAUGGGACACCACGGAUUGGGUUUGCCAGCGGACCAUUACUAGCAUGAUUGGCCCACAUUCUGACCGCGGGCUAGGUUUCACAUUUGACGGCAAUUUCUUGGUCGGGGGCAGCGACGAAGGCCCUGGGCUGGAUAUUCGACAUGCCGAGUCAGGAGACCAUAUUCACACAUUCAAGACAGCCGGGCCUUGUCCCGUCGUGUCUUGGGCGCCUACAAAGUAUUGCCUAGCCUACAGCGAUCUAGGCAUUCUUCGCAUCGUCGGAGUGGACGCUGAGAAGAAGUGA